AUGAGCCCAAAAAAGACUGAAACAACAGUAUCGGAGCGUAAAAUCACUUUACACUCGCAUAGCCAAGGAAACUCGUUUGCAGAGAUCAGUGAAUUAAUGGAUCGUAGUCGUUUUACCAUACGGACCAUUGUAAAUCGCUUCAAAGGUGAAACAAACUUUGAAAGUGCAAGUCGCUGUGGUCGUCCGCGCAAAUUAACAGAGAGAGAACGUGCUCAGGUCAUACGAAAAGUGAAACGUGAUCCAAAAAUUACAUCUUCACAGGUUGCUGCAGAGGUAAAGGCAGAAAUUGGCAAAUAUGUACACUUUAAAACUGUACAAAGAGUGUUGCAUGAGGCUGGUUAUAACUCUCGUGUGGCUAGACGAAAGCCCUUGACAUCUGCCAUCAAUCAGAAGAAGCGAUUGGAGUAUGCCAAAGAGUUUGAAAACAAGCCAAGCGAUUUCUGCGACCAGCUAGUAAAGGAAUGA